AAAAUCAAUUGGCGAGGCAAACGGGAGGGAAAACUUUCGCGCGCGCGUCUCCAUCGGGACGCGCGCGAGGGGGGGGGGGGAGAGCGCGGCGGCUUCCCGCUUUCUCCUCUGUGCGUGUAUUGUGGGAGUGCGCGCGCUCUCGCGCUCUCACAGAGCCACACACGCUACAGAUACGGUGCCUCUCUCAAGAGGCAGGGAGCGCUCUACGCGCGCGCGUGCGCCCUGCUGCUGCUGCUGCUGCUGCCGGCGGUAGUGGCGGUGGCGGUUUCGCGGGCUCCUGGCUGGAGACUUCCAGAGCGUUAGAUGGGGCUGAGGCAGAGCGGCGCCCACUGAGGAGGAGGAGGAGGCGGAGGGUGUGCGCGCGCGGGCGCGAGCGAGACGAGGCCAAGGCAGCCGACCGACCAACGUUCCAACCAACGAACCAACCAACGGCCGCCUCGCCGGUAACUGCCCCAGCAGCAACUGCCUCCUCAACAGUCCGGCGCGAGCUGUGCCGGGGGCCGGGCGGGGGCGCCUGCGCCUCUCCACGCGGAGGGGCGGCGCGGCGGUCCUGUUGCUCUCUCCCCCCCCCCCCGGGUGUGUGUGGGUGUUUGUGUGUGGAGCCGGGAGUUUCUCUACUGUUCGCGUUGAGGAAAGAGAGGCUCGUGUGGGACGACGAGGAGGCGGCAGCUGCCCCGUGACUCUCCUCUCAGCGCGAAGGGAGCCAUGGGGCGGCCUCCUCGCCUCGCCUGCCUUGGCCUGAGAGGGGCUCCCUCAGGUAGAGAGACGACCCUUCCCCCCUCCUCCCCGUUUUGCCAUAGGGGCUCCUGGCGCCUCUCUUCUGCCCCCCCCCGCCCUUUUUGUCGGGCCUCGUAUGGCCCCUUCCUCUCUUAGCGCUCCCCUGGAUUAUCCCCGGUGGUGGUGGUGGAGGAGGAGGAGGAGAAAAUACUUGCCGGGGGAGGGAGGGGAGAUAAUCUUUUCCCUCCCGCCCGGGAUUAUCUCCCCGCCCUCUGCGGGAUUAUCCUGUCCGCCCUCCCUCGCUCACCCCGCCUCCUCCAGCAAAUCCUCAGGGCGGCGUGGGGACAAAUCCCACCCACCCAGAGUCGCUCCCGCGCGCUCUUUUCCCUUCCCCAAAAACCUUGGGCUUCCUCCACCAGGUGAAAGGCACGUAUUUUGUUGGGCUGUUUAUUAUUAAUUUAUUUUUUGGUUGGUGCUGCUGGUGGUGGGGAAACCGGUGGCUGCGAUCCGCAUUGAAAUUGAAGGCGGAAAGGGAGGAAAAAAGGGUGGUGGGUGGGCUGCGAUUGCCACGGCGGUGCUGUCACCUCGCUGGAUUUGGAGCUCAGGAGGGCGGGAGGCAGGGCGAGCGCGUGGAUUGGCCGCGGGGGAAGGGAGGCUGGGGGGGGGGGGAAGAAGGUAGGUAAGUGUUGCAAUCCGCCACAAAUGCAGCGAGGUGGGGGGUUGCGGGUGGCAACGUGCCGGCGGCCCCCCCCCCCCCACGGUAGCAAUUCUUGAGUGCCCAGGGUGUUGCAAUACUGGGGGGGGGGGGGAGAGAGCCAGUCGGUUCUUUGGCUUGAUCAUGCUUUCUUGGUGUGAUCGGCUUCGUCCUUACGAAAUUGUAGAGCGUAGCUUUCUCCCACCUACUAAAACACCCCCCCCCCCAAUUUUUUGGAUUUUAACUCUUCGAAAUGCCUUGGGUGCCUCUCACGCCACAGCAGUUGAAAUAGUUUUACUUAAGGCACAAAAUGUGAAUGGGAGGAAAAACCCUGCAUGGAUGUCAUUUGUUGUAAGUUGGGCUGGGCUCUGAAUGGAGUGGACUUGCUUCUGGCUUUCCGCCAAUUGGUUGUGGCUAUUGCUGACAGAAGGAAGGGCGGGCGUCAUUUAAAUUAAUGCUCUGACGACACAGCAGUACUGUAUAAGAUAAUCACGUUUGGCUCGUGGUAGAACCAGUGGUGGUGAUCUGGUUAUGUGGUUCCUUUUCACCUGUUUGAGCUAGGUGCAGCGAUCUGGAUGACUGGUGCUGCAGAGCUUCUUUCCAAUUCUGCUGCACAGAGCUCAGGAUUACAUCCAUCCAUUAAACUUCAUUUUAUUGGCUUUGGGAAGAGGAGGGGCCUUUGGAAACUGAACAGAGGCAGGGUAACUAUAAAUAGACCUUUGGACUAGAGGAAGCUUUGAGCAAAUUCUGGUAUAUUGUAUUUGAACCACUAGUAUCUGUUUAUUGGAUGACUGUCAUAAUGUUCUUAUUAUGGCUGAUGGCUUCUAUCAUGUCAGUGGGGGGUUGUUUCGAAAAGGCUAGCUACUGUUCUCUGUCAUUCUAAUAAUCUUGUACUUGAGAUAUAAGCUGAUAAAAUGGUAGAUGGUUCAACCAUCUCCUUUUUGCUGUUUGUGGACUACUUGGAAAUUAUUAAUUAGAGCUAGAUGUUUAUUGCAGCAGGACAUUGUGCCCUGAAUGAUAAUAGAGUUUGUUUUUGGAUAUAUAGGCCACUUUAUUUUGUUAAAUGUUCUUUUUAGUAGCUGUCUUUUGUAUAUUAAUAUUACAGUGACAUCUCAGUAUUUCACUGUAUGUACACCGUCUCAUCUGAGCCUUGAUCAUAUCUAGAGUUUUACUCCUGGAUCGUUAUUCUGACCAUAUUUAUGUUGUCAAUAAUUUAAUAUGGAGACUGACAGAACCUUGAAGAAGUGACUGUCUGCUGUACUGGGACAAAUUUUGCAAGCCAAAAAUCGUUAUGAAAAGCCUGAAUAGCUCUUGUAAAAUUGGUACAAUAGUGUUUCUUCUAAAUGAAGCAGCUGUAUUUACAAAUGGCAAUAAAUUAGUAUCAUGUAUUAAUUAACUUCCUAUUCCCUUUCAUUAAAGGGAAUGGCUGUGUGGAAGAAAAAAUGAUGUCUCGCGUAUUAGCCUAAAAUCCUGAUGAAGACGUGUCUAAGCAGGUGUGUUGCAAGCUUUAUUAAUGAAUUGCAGUGUUAGAUAUGUAUUCAUACAUAAUUUUUUGAUAUUAUUUAACAGCUCAUUGAAAAUAAUUCCUUGUCAGAAAACAUUGAUAAGAGGAAAUCAUUUUAUGCAAACCGCUUAGAGGGUUUUAAAAAAAUUAUGCUUUAUAUAAAUACUGUUGGAAUAAAUAAAUGACAUAUGUGGAAAGCUGUGCAUCUAGGGAUGAAUUUUAUUUUCACAAUGAUUUCCAGGUUUCAGUGCAUGCUCAGGUACAUUUGGAUAAGAUUUAAAUUAUCGAAGCAACUUGUAGAUCAUAGCACAUUAUUAGUAUGCAGCUGUUGAUGGCUGCAAAAAGGACAAGUGAAAAUUAUGUUUGGAGAGAAAGUAUUUUCAGACAGCAUGAAUAUGGAAUUUGAAGUAUCUAGGGGGCUGUUGGAUAAGCCGAUUUUAGACCUUAGACUUCCUCUUGUGUCUUGUUCACUUUCUCAAUCAUUUUUAGCCUACUUGGGGAGGGUGCACUGUGUAUGUAUGAUAAGUAAAAACAUGUAAAUAUGGAAUAUGAUAUCCGUUCGGUGUCAUAGUUUAGAGUUUUGAGAAAAAGGCAUAGUGGGAUCUAGUGGGGGGUCUCAAGGGUAUGAACACUUUUUAAUGUUGUAAACUGACAAAUGAUAUAUUGACUUGUGUGGUAAUAGUGUGUUGGGGGGAUUGAAAUGCUACCAGAACAUGUUGCAGUCCUUAGAAUCAUUGCCUUAUGAUGGUGUUCCUUUCUUAAACUUGAAAGCUGGAGCCAUAGUGCAAUAUGCUGCUUAUGAAAGUGGAUGUUAGUAAAGACUAGUAGUUCUGCAAAUUGACACUGCAUUGAUACAAUGCCCUGUGGUGUGUUUGCCAAUCUUAUAUCUUUGUCAAAUGUGUGAUGUGUUUGUCUGAUUCUUUUGUCACACAAAAUCCAGUUGAAUAAGUCAUUCUCUUAUGUCACUGGCCUGUGAGUUUUGUACACACAUGGUAAUACAGUGGCCUGAAUCUAUACAUAGUAGACAAUCAAUAGGGCUCUUGAAAAACAUUUCAUUGGAAUGUUGAUGUUAAUAAAUGAAAUGGGAUAGAUAAAAUAAUAAAGUCACAAAAUCUCAUCAAAUGUUUUGUAUCAAUUUAAAAAAUAUUAACUUUAAAUAGUGUUCUUGAAAUAAGUGUGUUUCACUGGAACUUCUUAUGUGUACUUUGGUGCAUAUCCUGAAAUUAAAUCUUAAGUUGACAUUCUCUCUGUGUUAAUCAUCAGUUUAAAGCAAGGAUUGGGAACUGGGUGACUUCCAGAUGUUGCUGAACUAUAACUCACAUCAUUUCCACCCAGCACCAACAAUGAUGGGAGUUACAGUCCAACUAUCUGGCAGUUAACAGGGUCCCCUUCCCUUCUUUAAGGCAGUGAAAUACUUUUGGAGGAUUAGAAAAGGCAGUUGUAACUUGACAUUGCCCACCUGGAUUGGGUUAGACCAGAAGUUUUCACGGCCAUGCUAAGUGACUAUACAUCUAAAGCAGGGUUUCCCAAAUUUGGGUCUCCAGUUGUUGUUGGACUACAAUUCCCAUCAGCCCUAGCUAGCAGGAACAGUGGUCAGGGAUGAUGGAAAUUGUAGUCCCAAAGCAGCUGGAGACCCAAGUUUGGGAAGUCCUGAUGUAAAGAUAUUCUGAAUGGCAAUAAUUAGCUUGACAGUCUUUCCUAUUACAGUAGCAAGUAGUGUAGCAUUGAAGCAGUUUCAGCAUUGCAAAUAAUAAAGGAAACUAAAAACUGACUUUAGCUAAUUCAGUAGGACUCUUAUAAACCCACCUUACUUGCCAGGCACUGUGAACCUGUGUUCCUCCAGAUGUUGCUGGACUACAUGGAGAAGGCUGGGCUACAUGUUACUCUGGGGUUAUCCAAACACUAGUUACUGACAACCCUUACAAAUGUUCAGUCAGCCAAGAUUCUGCUAAUUUAAGGCACUCCAUACACCCAGUCAGUCCAAAUGAUGAAAGUAACAGCAGUUAACAAACCUACUUAGGACGUGCCUUUAAUUGUUAGACAGAUCUUAUAUAGAUAUGGCUGACUCAGAUAAUUAUAUAUAUAUAUAUAUAUAUAUAUAUAUAUAUAUCAAUCAGAUGGCUGCUGGUUCUUUGGUGAGAGGCUUUUCAUGAAUGAAUACAUCAGAUGAUAUCAAGGCGCAGUGUACAUAAGAGAGCCUUUGAUGUAAGAGCUGGCAAUAUAGCUUGCAUAGAAUACCAACCUUAUUCAGUGGUUGGUACCACAGAUCAGUCUUGUACUGCAAAGGGAAGUUUGGUGAAAAUGUAUCUCAGAGAAACAAAUGUACUGAGUUGUCUUACAGAAGAUCUUGAUUACUAGGAGCUGACUUAUUGCCUAGCACAAUGACCUAGAAACUACUAUUAGAAGCAGGAGUGAUGACCUUUGCUCUGCAUUGUUUUGGUUGAAAGAACUUUAUUACACUUGGCAUGGGGGAUAUCAGUUUUUCCUAUCACCAUGUUAAAUCUUGCUGUGGAGGAUGCAAAACCUUCAGGAACAGCUUUCAGGGGUGGACUAUAUGUCAUUGGAAGAUAAGGUGCUGGAAGAGUCUGGCUCUUGGCCUCUGUUUUAGUUUUCUCUUCCUCUUAAUUAUUUUGCAUACCAAGCAGAGUCAGCAGUAUCAAAUGGGGCUCACAUAUUCCCCAAAUGCAAAUAAUAAUUCAGUCAAACUUAGAGGAGUUAUUCAUGUAUUGUGAACAAAGGAACUGUACAAAGCCUCCAAAACAUGCAGAAAAAACAGUGUUGGAGUAAAAUGUUGAGGGUUGUGAUUAAAAUGCUUUUGGCUACACCCAAAUUGCACUGGAAAUCGUUUGUUGGACGGACUUUUCAUAAAAAAAUAUUCUGAAAAACCCAGUAUAUGGAGUUCAUUUUGCUGAAACCCUUGGAGGAUUCAGAUAGUUUGGUGGCAUGUUACUUACUUUGCUGAAGCUGUGCUGACACUUCUAUGCAUGGCAUGUACAUCUAUUUUUAACAAUUCUAGCCUUGGUGGUUUCCACCCAUAAUGCUUGUCAAAUGUUUGGUUGAUGUCCUGUGUACUGAUAGCUCCCUGGGUCCUUUUUGAAAGUUUUAUGCUGGCUACCUUCUAUUGUCUGAUAGGGACUAACAUUUUGUUAAAAGUUAAAUUGCCUUGCCAUUUCAGAUUUUAAGUGACACCUGAUUCUUAUGCUUUCUUACUAUUUAAUUGAUUUUCCUUUCUUUUCCCUUUAUUCCCUCUACAUGAAUGUAUGAUUCUGUUGUAUUGACGAAGUUGUAGCUUAGGUGGUUAAUUUUCUUCAGUAGUGUCUGUGAUGAAACAAAUAGAAUUUUUAAAUUAAGGUUUCUCAGGGUUGCUUUUAUGACCUUCAUCUAAUCUUUUCUGUGUCCUGAGUUAGUGCUGCUACUGAGUGUUCUUAAACAGACAUCUUGGUGCCCUUUAAACUAUAGUUACCUUGCUAGAGUUGUGUUCUUCCGUUUCAUCAAUUUGGAGAAGGUUUUUCCUUCUUUAAAGUCUUCCUUUGCUUUGUAGCUCUUCCUUGGCUCUGUUUAAUUACCGGUAUAUUGGUAUUUUCUGGCAUUUGUCCUUCGUCAACUGGGGUCUUGAUUUUCCAAAAUGCAUGAUAUUUGCACCAGUGAUACAGAUGCAGGUUUGCCUAGGUUACCUGGUCUAGCAAGUGAAUAUGGAUCUUCAUAAUUUGAUUGGAUACGUGUAUUUCUUUUCCUUUGCAUCAAUCUUCACAUUUUUUAUUAUUUAUUUAUUAAAUAUGUAUACCACCCUUCAUCUGUAGAUCUCGAGGCGGUUCACAGCAUAAAAAUACAAGAUAAAAUAUAUAAUACAUAAUAACAAGAACAAAACAAACCAGUAAUCCCCCUCCCGCAAACUCAUUUAAAAGGGCAUAAGAUGCUAAUCAUCUUCUGGUUGAAGAGCUGUAUAAUGAAGGUACCAGCUGAACCUCCCUGGGGAGAGCAUUCCACAAAUGGAAAGCCACUGCAGAAAAGGCCUUUUUUUGCAUUGCCACCUCCACACCUCUCAUGGAGAAGACACAUGAAGAAGGGCCUCCUAUUUAAUUCUUUAGUAAUUCCCGUGCUCUCUGUAGUAAUCUGAUUCUCAACUGUGUGUAUUUAGGUUGUUUUUUUAUCCAAUUCUCUUUCUUUCAGGUGCUGUUCUCCUUGAAAUUGAAUGACUGAUACCCUGCCCACAUACAUGUUGAACUAAAUAGUAUUAUUGUUGUUGCUAGGAGACUUAAGCUGCAAUCCUAAACUUACUUGCUUCUUUUGAAGUAAGUACCAUUGAAAUAUUUCUGAGCAAACAUUAUUAGGAUUGGACUGUUAGCAGAUUCUCGUUACUAUUUGAGUUAUUUCUGAUUUGGUUGACUUUCUAUUUGUGCCUAUCAUGAGUUGCCAUAUGAAUGUGUUAAGUUAUUCUAUUGUCUCCUUCUCCUGUUCCAAAUGACCCAGCCUCUGAAGUUCCCUUAACUUUCUUCUUCUACACUAGCAUACUUCCCUUUUGAAAUAUGACCAUAAUAUCAUAUUCUCUGAACCCUUGGCAUGAUCCCCUUAACCCCCUUUUCUCAGUUCAUUCACAUAAUUUUCUUGGUUAAUGGGGUCUGGGCAGCCAUGUAUUUUACUUCUGCCUGGUUCUGGAAAUGAGAGCCCAAACCAUUUGAAGGUACAAUAAAUGUUUGCAUUUGUGUGGUGUGUGCUCAUUGUUCAGACCUCAACUACAUCAGGUACUCUUGUCAAAAAAUUGGUCUAGGUUACAAGCUGCCCCACAAGUAUGAGUGAGCAAGACACCAGUUUCUAGAAGAUGCUUGAAAAGCAAGUGAUUUAAGCAAGCAGACUUAACUGCUAGAGUGAAGGCAGAAAGCCUGGAACAGAACUAGGAAAUCAACCAAGUGCUCCUACUUAUUUAAUGGCUUUGUAUGAAUGACAUUGUUUACUCGGAAGUCCUAUUGAGUUAAUGAGGCUACCAGGUAAUUGGGGUUAGGAAUGCAGCUUUAGAUUGUUUGGAAUGUAAUUAGACAAGAAAUAUGAAAAUAUUUAAGACUGAACUAACACAAAACAGGAUGCUGCUAAUCAGUCUUACAUAGUAGCUCAGUCAACAGUUGCCACAUGACACACUUUCAUCAACCUGUGUAGGCAGGGUUUGGCAGAAAAGUCAUCCUAUGUUGGAUGACACAAGCUUCAGCUAUAGCUCUUGCUGGAUUCUUUCCUCUGAGGAGCUUACAACAGUAUUUAAGCCAGACUUGUCCAGAGUAUUAAUUGAGCUUCUUAGCUGAACAGUGGUUCAUUUUUGGGAUUCCUACAGUUAAACUGAUGACUAUGCCAGCUAUACAAGGCUGACUGUUUCCCACCACCUGAGAAAUCUGAGUUUGAUACAAAUUAAAUGUACAAAUUGUCUGACACACUCUAAUCUGCCUUUCAGAUAAUUGUUUUAACAAACUAAAUGUGGAUAUCUGUUUUCCAGCACAGGGAAGCUUUACAGUGGAUGCUCGGGUUGCAAACAUGAUCCAUGCGGGAUGCACGUUCAACCCACAGCAUUCGUAACCCACAGCAGCGUAUCUGCGCACACACAGGUUGUGAUUCGGCGCUUCUGUGCAUGCGCAAAGUGUGAUUUAGCGCUUCUGUGCAUGCAUGACUGCCGAAACCAGGAAGUAACCCAUUCCGGUACUUCCAGGUUUUGGUGAGUCUGUAACCCAAAAAAACGCAACCUGAAGCCUCUGUAACCCAGGGUAUGACUGUAAUCACAUUUUAAUACUGAAAAAACCCAGUUUGAUUUAUAGAGUAAACUUUAGACCACUUCCCUCAUCAGCAGUUUUUGAUGAUUGUAAGUUAAUUGAUGUGGCUAAAUACAAGAAAUAGCAUGUUUUGUUUUGUUUUUAAAUACUCAUGUCUGGUGUCCCAUUAUGUAUGAUACUGAGACAACAAAAGACACGAACCCCACUACUUACAGUGGUAGAUUGAGAUGAGAAAAUUAAUUUUAAAGGAAUGUGGAUUCAUUGAAAAAUUGUCAAAAUGUCUUCCUUUUCAGAAGCACUUCAACUUUCUUUAGUAUGUUCACUUCCUCAGUUGUCAGUCUCUUGGAAGCAAGCACUGCUAUUGUUCUUUCCAAUAAAAUUUCUUUAAUAAUAAUCAAAAUAGCACAUGCAUUUGCAGCUCUCAGUUUGAAAUUUGGAAGGAAAAAAGUUUUGCCCCUGAAAAAGGAUGGAGAUAGCCAAGUUUUUAGACAUCCAAGUUUAGCCACUGAUGAUGACAUACCACUUACAUCUGUACAGAUUGAAAAUCUGUUGUGCUGCUCAUCUGAAAGAUUGUAGUCACAUUUUUGGUUGGACCCAUCUUUUCCUUCAGACAUUAGCAGUUACUUAGUCACACACAACAUAAGCAGGAAUAUUGUUAAAGGUUUGGCUGUUAAAUUAGAAAGCCUGGCCAUUAAUAUAUAUAUAUAUAUAUAUAUAUAUAUAUAUACACACACACACACACACACACACACACACACACAGAAUUGUUUCCUGCAUAGGUACUUUUGUACCUAAGAUUAGAAUAAAUUUGUCUUCUUGUACAGUCUUCUGACUAUGCAACUAUAAUAAGUGUGGUUAGAAAGUAUCAAUUAAAAACAAUACAGUGUUCAAAGGUUUUUUGGCAGGGUGCUGAAAUUAGACUUGAAUACAUUGAUGCAAUCUUUCUUAUACCUUGAUUUAUUCUUGAUGAGCUGCAUAAUUUUUGGCAAAAGAUUCACUAUCAUUCCUAACAAAGGGUUUACAAUCUUCUGGAUAAUAUUCAAAUGGAUUUUAGAACAUUAUUGGUUUUCAACAAGAACCAAUUUGGCAUGUGGGUCUUGGAAGUGGCAUACAAUUCACUAGUAAAGCAAUUAGCAUGAUAAGUAACUGAGUAACUGAAUGUUAAUACAGGAUCAGGUGAAUUGAACAAGGGUGAUUCUUAGUAAUAGAUGACGCAUUUCCUCUGCCCUAAUAGGAAGCUUUAUUGUUCAGUGUUUUAGGUUUAGCAUUGGAAGAGUGUAUUUUAAGUGGUGAAAAGCCCGCUCCAGGUUUUGUGAGGAAACUAAUUUAGAUCUUGAAAUCUGGUUUUUGGACUUACUUUGAAACUGAAAUUGCCUUAGUUGCCCUUGCAGAUUAUCAGUGCUAGGAGAUGGGCAGGAGGAACAUGACCCUAUUAUCUUUUUUCUUUUUUAACCUAUCAGUAUCUUAUCUUUCUGGACUACCUAACUGGGAUAUUAGUGGCACAGGUCACAAUGUCCCUGCAUCUUGGCUACCACUGAGUCUUAUGUUUGCUUUAGGGAGGAAAGACUUCUUUGUGAACUGCAUCAUGGUUUGUAAAGCUUCUGGGAGGAAUCAGUCAAGUGUCAAUCUGUCAGUGCUCUUAUUACUAGAAUUGAAACUCUUGAGGCUGAUGCUCCUUUUCAGGCAUUGUAAUAUUUCAUUUCCUUUAUUUUCCACUGUAACUAUAGGCUUUUUGCAGCUCAGAUCUUCUCUCUGUUUAUCAGCAUGGAUUUUCAAUAGGUCUGAAUCUUACUGCAUAAUCAGUGACUCCACCAACUUAACCAGCAUAAUUAAAGUCAGAAACAGGACAUGGCUUCCGUUGUCAUUGUGUGUUCCCUUCCUUCUCCUUAUUUUCCAUCCAUAAUAAGCUUCUUUAUAUGCUGUAUCCUUGGGAUUCUCAAUCUUUGUUAUUUAGGCUCUUUAUCAUGAGAGCAAAAUCACUCAAGAUGCCCAGAUGUAGCUUUAUUUCCUCUCCUGUCACUGUAGUUGUGCGCUCCAUAUCAGUUGCUAAUAAGGCACACGUGCAACCAGAGUGCAAACUAAUAUUUUUCUAGUAAUGUUUAUUGAAUUAUUUAGAACUUACUGAACUUGGUGCCGUGUUAGAUUUCUUUUGGGAUAGUGGUACAGCUUUGAUAUCUUUUUAGCAACUUUCAGUAGAUUUGGCUUCAAGUGACUAAAGGUAGAGUUCUGGUAGCAGUGCAGCCUACUUCUGCGGUCCUUUCAUCUUAUACAUGCAGCUAUAUAGCGAUAGAAAUCGCCUAUGGCCCUUUGGUUACUCCUAUUGCUGUGAUCAUGCCCCUUCCAUUUCACAAGCCAUAGAAAAACUUUUACAGCUUCAGGCAGUUUUUAACACUUUAAUGUAUUAUUGGAGCAUGCAUUAAAUCAAUAGUCUUAGAAGCAGAAGGAAAGAAAAACUAUGGCAGUAGGUGAUGGCAAAGCAGAUGCUGAAAGUUAAAUUGUAAAAGUAGCCAUUUAAACACUGAAAGCAAGGCUUAAAUUUUUCCUUGGAGGACAAUUCAGAAAACUUUAAAAUGUUGCAUGAAAUUUUAGCAAUUGCUCAGCUUGUGAAUGUGUCAAAUAAGGAAUACACACAGUUAGUUGGACAUACACACUUCAUUCCAGAGCCUUUCAUAAUGAUAGCAUGGAUAAGGGGUUCCCUAGACAGUAAGCAGUUUGCUUGGGGAGGGCCCCAGUUUGCAUUCUGUAUAAGCUGAUCAUUUCUGUCUCCGACAAUUAUUUUUCUUGCACGACAGGUCCUUUUGGCUCUGCUCUUUGCACACACACCCCUUUGUACCCAUGUGUGCACAUACAUCUGCGUCCUGAGAACACUUCAUGGCAUGCAUCUGACAAAGUCGGCUCUAAUCCAUGAAACCUUAUGCUACCACAAAUCUGUUGCUCUUGAAGGUGCCAGAAGACUCAUUAAAUGUUCGCAGGAGUCAUCUAAAACACUUGAGGCAAUCACUUAACAUUUUUGUAACCCCCAAAAGGCAUCAGCUAGUAUCAGCUUUGCAUCUUUCAUGGAAAAAGACCCCUGUGGUGGUUGUUUGUAUCCAUAUAUUCAUCCCUAGGAUCUCCACAUAGCUGCUAUAUAUUCUUCAAAAUUACUAGAGGCUCUAACCACGAUGAAACAUUAUCUGAAAUAUAGGGAACUAAACCUUAACUCACCCAGUCCUCUUGGGUACAAUUGCAAAAUAGAGAAAUAGUUGUGGGGUAACACAUAACCUAUGUUGGCUACAAUAGGAUGCUGCUUUCAAGCUUAUGUGGGGAGAGGACCCUGCAGGCACUGUGUUGGUAAUCCCUGCUUUAGGAGAAUCAAUAUAGCUGAGUCGUAGAACACAUUCUUGGCAUGAAAUGGUCCUAGGUGCAACCUGGCAUCUCAAGACUAAGAACAUAGUCAGACCAAAGGUCCAGUAUUCUGUUCCCACAUUGGCCAACCAAAUGCCUAUGGGAAGCCCACAAACAGAAAAUGAAUGCAGUAGCACUCAUGUACUAUACAGAGGGCUGGAAAAGGCUGACCUAUAGGAAAGCAAAGUCUGAAACCCUGGAGAGCUGAUGCCAGUCAGUGCAAACACUGAACUAGAUUGGCCUGUGGCAACUUGGUAUAAGGCAACUUCCUGUGUUCUUUCUUAAAUGAAUCAAACUAUAAUACUUGAGUUGAUGCCACUUAGACCGAAGCCCUGGUUUUGAAUGAUCAAUAAACUGUGACUCUUGCAUGAAGAUCAAGGGUCAGCUUGCACUCUGGCGCAGCAUGUGUUCUAUGUUCAUAGUAGGGUGCCAGGAGCAAGUCAGAUGUGCCCUACUCUCCAAGUUUGGCAGUGGAUUUAUUCUGUGUAUACAUAUGCUCAGUCAACUUAUUUGCCCGCUUUUCUGCCUGUCAAACCUGAUGUGGCACAUUAACAUGUUUGCAUGCCACACUAAUGUGUGAACUGCUGUGAAACAGCGUGGCGGGUGGGAACAAGCCUGGAAGACCAUUUUAACAUUUGUGACAUUUUCAGACUGAGGGCUUGUAUUUGUAUGGUAGAGCUGUUGUAACCCAGUUAGGGACCCAUUUGGAAAUCUAGCAGAUAACAAAUAAUGGUACCGCAUCUGUGUCACUUUCUGAUGGGAGUCACUGUUUGUAUUGAAUUAUAAGAUUGUUUUCUGUCCUUCAGAUGUUCAGUUUUCUCCAGUAGCCUACAAAAGCCAUAGAUGUCACAGUUGAUGUAGAAUUGUGGCUGUGAUAACAACUGUUCAGCUUGGGAGAACUAUAUAUGUGAUAAAUAGUACUGGCAGAUUACUAAUGGCAAGCAUAUUCUAAAUAUCAUGGAGUCCUAAUCUAUAUAGAACAUAGUUUUGUAGCUAGGGUGGGAAAAUAGAAAGAUGUAAUCUGUUUAAAGCUUCAUUCCUAAGUGCACUUACUUAGAAGCAAGUCUCAUUAUACUCAGCGGGAUUUUGGAGUAAGCAUGCCUGGAAUUGCACUGGGAAUUUUGACACUACAUAGCUGCUGUGGAUUAUGAAUAGGUAACUAUGCAAGCCUGGAAUAAGCAAGGGAGUGGCCUAAUUUUGGAAAGCUUUUUUUUUUUUUAAAAAAUGGCAUUGGCCAUACUUGUAUUAAUGCGUAAGAAACGAUAUUUAAGACUUGAAUAUAUCCACCAUUCUUUACACGAUUCUGCUGGAAGCAUUGAAUUGAAGCUACUCUUGAUGGAAAAAACGUAUCAUUUCUUUCAAAAUUAUAGAGUAAUAGUGUGUGUGUGUGUGUGUGUGUGUGUGUGUGUGGGAGAGAGAGAGAGAGAGAGAGAGAGAGAGAGAGAGACCCUGAAAUGAGAAACAGUUGCCUUCAACCUUUUACAUUGUACCUUAAGAUGAAGAAUGUUUGAAAUAUCCUAUGUUUUGCUGUGCCUCUAAAAUAUGUGGGGAAGGGCCAUACCUCAGUGGUACCACGUCUGCUUUGAAUGCUGUAAGUUCCAGGUUCAAUUCCUGGCAUAUCCAGGUAGGAAUGGGAAAAACUCCUCUCUGAAAUCCUGGCGAGCUGCUGCCAGUCAGUAUUGAGAUAGAUAGACCAGGGCUGUUUUCCUAAGACGUGUGUAGCUUUCAGAUUAGACAUUAUAGUAUCACAUGCAAUCACAUGUAAAGGUUUAGGGUUUAUAACCUUGAUAAAUAUGAAUUGGUGUUCAUGUGGAAUAUGAUGGGCAUAAUUCAUGAUGAUAAGUAAUUGGAUUCUUUAAGGAUAACUUGUUUCAAGAGAAUUGUAUAAUUUGUAUGUUUACUUUAAAGAAAAGGCCUUCAUGCAUGGUACAGUGGUGCCCCACAAGACGAAUGCCUCGCAAGACGGAAAAACCGCUAGACGAAAGGGUUUUCCGUUUUGAAGUUGCUUCGCAGGACGAAUUCCCCUAUGGGCUUGCUUCGCAAGACGAAAAUACCUUGCGAGUCUUGAGGGUUUUUUUUCGCUUUUCCCCCCCUUUAUCUAAUCUGCUAAGCCUUUAAUAGCCUUUAAUAGCCUUUUAGCAGCUAAUCCCCUAAGCCUUUAAGCCUUUAAUAGCCGCUAAACCGCUAAUAGCGCUAAUAGCGCUAAUCCGUCAAUGGGCUUGCUUCGCAAGACGAAAAAACCGCUAGACGAAGACUCUCGCGGAACGGAUUAAUUUCGUCUUGCGAGGCACCACUGUACUAAGGAGCUAUUGAUUAAUUGCUGAAGGAUAUUAUCACGGCCAACAGCACAACUGGGUUCAGAAAAAGAUUAGAUAUACCUAAACUGGUAGUCCUGACUUAUAGCUAUUAACCAGUAUGAUGAAGCUCAUUUGUAAGAUGCCAUUAAAACAUUGUCUUCCUUAAGCUUAGAGUGAAUUACAGUUCCAUAUAACUUUUCUUGUAAUACAUGCCCUUAGAAAGAAAUUAUACUGGCCACCACAGUUGAAUAUUACAUUCUGGGCUGGACGGACAUUAACCUAACCUGUUAGGAUCAUUUAUAUCCUGCUGAGGAAGUAUGUGCUUCCUCACAAAGAUAAAUGUCGGCCACUGCAUUUUAAUAGUAUAGAUUAAUAUAAUUUAUACAAGACUGAUAUUAUUGUUGGAUACACCGCCACUGCUUGAAAAUGGUUGAGAUUAGUCUUAAUUGCUUGUAUGUGGAGCUUUAUAUGAACAACUGUUGAUAGAAGUCUGAUGUGAAGUUGUUUUUUAGAAUGGUGGACAUGAACAUAAUGGAUUGGGCUGGUUGCCAUCUAUCUCUGGAUUUUGAAUAAAGGGAAUCAACAUUCAUUAAAAUUGCAGACCUAUCCACACACUAAAUUAUUCUUUUAUAUAAUCCAAAGGACAGUGUGUUAAAAUAAAGGACAAAUGUCUGUUGAGCAAAUGAGUUUUGAAGAGCCAGCCAAUCUACACACAACAGAGAAAGUCAAAAUAACUCUAGAGAUACCAUGGUGUCCUUCCUUGUUCCAGCUAUAGCAACUGGACAGAGCCGAAAUGAGAAGCUGUUGCUCCUCAGACUUCCAGUGGAGUGGCGAGGAUAUGAGGCAAGAUAUGAGCAAGUCUGGUGGUAGUGGUAUGAAUGUGCAAAAUUUGUGGAUCUGUCCCUGAGAUGGGAUGGGAUAGGAUGUUGGGAAAAGAAGCCGUGGUGAUUCACUGCCAGUCAUACUGUAAUAGGUUAUGUUCUAGCCAUUGAAUUAAUUGGGUCAUCUUGGGCCAAUCUCAUUGCUCAGAAUAGCCUCUACCUUACAGGGUUGUUUGGAUCAAAUAAUUGGAAUAGAGAGGCGGUGUCAUGCACAUGCUCCCAAAUUUAUUAGAGGGAAGUUGUCCCAGCCCACUUUCAGACAUCUUCUAAAAACUGAACUGUUUAGAUAGGCUUUCACAAUAUGAGUUUUUCUUUAAACCAACCAGUAUCUACUGCUGCUUUAUUCAGUCUGUAGGUAUCUAUUAAAUGUAAUUAAAGACUGAUUUUAUUGCUACUAUUAUGUUGUAAGCAGCCUUGUUACAUUUUAUGAAAGAGCAUAUUAUUCAUUUUCUAAUAAUAAUUCAUUUGCUUUUAUAACGUGGGCUCAUAGUGCAAGAUGUGUACCUGAAAUGGGCCAUAUCAAAUAAAUUACAACAGCAAGACUGAUUGUGUUUUGUACAAUUGGCACAAUAUAAAUUUUCAAGAGCUACUAUAUAUAUUGAUUAGGAUGUGAGCCUUGGGUUUAGUGAAGUAGAAUUUUUUAGUCCCCCCCCCCAUAUAUUCUCAAUUAUUAUACAAAUUGGUUCCAGUAAUAGGUAUUAUACAAACAUCAUUUGUCCCUACCACAUUACUCCCUAAGACAAUGGCAACUUCAGUUACUUGGUGAAAUAUAGCCAUUGAGAGACAAUUUUAGCUGUGUGCCCUGUGAAGAAGUACUUUCUUUUGUCUGUCCUGAACUGUCCUUGCAAUAUUCAGCUUCACUGGAUGGCCCCUGUUCUAGUAUGUCUGUUUUUGUUCACACUAUGCAUAAUUUUACACACGUCUGUCAUGUCCUGCCCCCUUCCUUUUUCUUGUUUUCUAAACUAAAAAGCUCCCGAUAUUGUAACCUUUCAUCAUAGGGGAGUGGAUCAUUUGGUUGUCCUUUUCCAGAUGUAUAAUACCUUUUUCUGAGGUGUAGAGACUGGAACUGAACACUGUGUAGCUUAUACAUUUGUCUCAAGCAUGUAGAAAACCUGUGGGUGUACACAGACAUAUUAGAUGUGAGAAAAAUUUCUGUGCAUCUUUCAAGAUCUUUGAGUUUAAACAUGGUGGCAGCUUACACUAGUUGUCUUGGUUUCUUUAGGCAGAACUGGAAAAAUAUUUUAGAUGGCUGGGUGCUAGUAUCUGUUUCUUCAAGUUCCAGAACAGCCUGGAUUAUUAACUUGAAUUUUCUGCUAUGCCUGCGUUGCUCCCCCUAAUCUUUAUGUUAACUAGCACAACUGCAUUAUGUUUCAGAAACCUUAAGAGUGAUUGGCAACAACCUUGGUUUAUCCACUAAAGAAAAAAAUUCCCGUUGCUGUCAGAAUUUCUGAAAGCAUAAUGUGACUGUCAUUAGCCUCCUACACAUGCUUUCAGUGAGAACUUGUUUGCUAGGAAGAAAUGGGAUGCAUUUAUUAGAAAGUGUGGGUAUAGCAGCUAUUCCUUAAAACCCAACUCCAUUUCACUUUGAGAAUGGUACUAUAUGGCUGAAAAAUUGUACUAAGUACAACUGGCUAGAAAAAGAAAUAGAUUUUUGAAGAAGGGGCUAUUAAGAGUGUCUUCUGUUCAUCUUAUACAAUAAAGGCAACUAGAUUACAACAGUGCAGAAUCUACUGGAAUUUUCUCAAAUGAGAUUUGUGUUCUUAACAGACUUGUUGCUUGUGUUUUUGUGGUUUUGAAAGGGGUAGUUGCUUUUUCUUCUCAGCUUAUUUCUGAAUAUCGCCAUACCUCCUUUUCUCAAUAUUAUGCACUUAAGAUGUUAUGUUUAAUGGUGGUGGGAUUAUUUUGAUCAGCUAAAAUUUAAUGCAACUGUGAGUGUAUACUUGUGCCUUCAAAUACAAUUGUGGGCCAUUAAUUACAUCCAUUUAGGUUCAGCACUAUUGACCAUGUCUUUUAUAUCUCUAUUCUAAGCAUACAGAUCGGUCCACUUACAACAACAUACACAGUAACUGGGUUUGAACUGUGCCGUAAGCACUAAUGAUGACUUAGUUUUUUACACACUUAUAUGUAAACUGUUCAAAUGCUUCUUUAAAAAAUAGAUAAUCAGAUGACAUGAAAACAGUGUGCUUGGGCCUUAAAUAGUUUAAUGACAGUUUUAAAGGAAAAAUCGGCAUGCUAAAUUUAUUUGAUUAAGCCUAACUUUUUAAAAAAUGAGCUCUUGCUCAACUUCUCCCUUUUCAUCUUUUCAGCAGCAAUGCAGCAAGUUUUGGACAACCUUACGGACUUGCCUCCAUCAGCAGGAGCUGAAGAAAUAGACCUUAUUUUCUUGAAAGGAAUUAUGGAGAAUCCUAUUGUAAGAUCGCUUGCUAAGGUGACAGUGUUGUUUAAAUAUAUAUAUAUAAAUAUAUAUAUAUAUUAAUAUUAACUUCAAAAUUUAGCAUGAAGGUGGGGCUGGAAAGAGCUCAGUAUAUGGAGAGUUGCUGGACUUUAUCAUGUGUGCAGUGGGGCCUAGAUUUCUGUGUCUAUAACCCUCUUGGUAUGAACUAGCAAGAUUCUGCAGGACAAUGAGUGUGAAGAACUUGCCCCACACACUCACAGCUGAAUAUGCUUCAAGUCCCUGUGUACAAAGUGAUGUCAUCCAGCAUGGAAAGAGGAGUGUAAUGUUUUAGAACUGGAUUGUUGUAUUUGAUGUUUUAAUGUGUUGAAAACUGAUUUCAGAUUAUUUUUCCUUAAUAAUACAAAGUGAUAUAGAAACGAAAUGAAUUAUAAUUAUAAGCCUUUUGAGAGACUGAGUAUUUCGGGGGGAUUUUGUCUGCUCCUUUCAACCCAAUGUUCUACUCUUCCCACAGACACUCUAGUUAGGUUUCUGGUGACUGAGUUCACUGGCAACUAUUACUUAAGGCAGUUUCCCAUAUUAUAGACAGUUAGGAUCACAAAAUUGUAUACAUAAUUUCAGUAAAGGAACGCUGAUCUGUUUUUCUAAAACUUACAAUAGUUGAGGAUAAAUCUAUACUUGUGCCAAAAAAACGAAUGGAGUAGAGAAUCUGAUGGCUGCUUAAAGAGAGAAACUAAAUAUAUGAGUUUAAAGUUUCCAUAUCAGAAUUCUUGAAUGUGCUGUUAACAGACUUUUAAAGAUAAAAUGUUUAUAUGCUGGAAAUCUGGAUAUCCAGAUUACACUUUGCUAGCAACACUUUCCUUGAAUCAAGAUCUCAAGGAUUGUGAUUACAAUUUAUUUGUAUGCUGGUUUUUUAGCUCAAAGGUACUCAUAGCAGUGAAGAGCAGACUAAAGUAAUAAAGUGCCAUAAAUAGAUCAGUGAGCAAAACAGUAUACAAGACAGCAACAUCACAAUUCAGGAAGGCCAGAGAAAAGCCUUCCCAAUGAGGAUUUAUGAUAGCUCAGUAGCUCAGUUGGGUAGAGCAUGGUGCUGAUAACACCAAGGUCUCAGGUUCGAUCCCCAGAUGAGACAGCUGCAUAUUCCUGCAUUGCAGAGGGUUAAACUAGAUGAUCCUCAGGGUCCCUUCCACCUCUACAAUUCUGUGAUUCCGGGUAAAAGGUGCUUUCACUAACCAUAUAUCACCCACAGCUGCCAACUUUGUUGGCCUAUUUAUGCUUUAAGAAAUCAGUUUCGCAUGUAUGGUGAUGGUGCACAGGAUUAAGUGAACACUAGUCCCCAUAACAGUUGCGAAGGUGAGGAAAAAACCUGCUAACCUUGUUUCUGUGGCUAGAUACAUUUUAUUGCUCCCACAGAGCUGUAUGCUAGCCAUGGUAUCUUGCUUGUUUUGCUAGAGGUAGGGGAACCAAAUAACUAUUCAGAAGAUAGAGUUGUAUGCUAGACUAUCUGAACAAGCAACCAGAGGCAAUACAGUUGGAGAAGCAGAGUUGUUAAUCAAAAAUUUUCCAGUCAAUCUAAGGUCUGUUUUCCAAUCUUCACAGGCUCAUGAACGACUGGAAGAUUCUAAGCUUGAGGCUGUCAGUGACAACAAUCUGGAAUUGGUAAAUGAGAUUCUUGAAGACAUCAGUCCAUUAAUGAACAAAGAUGAAAACAUUGCAGAGUUGGUUUGUAUACUGAAGGAGCCACACUUUUUGGUAAGAUUACUUCAUUCUUAACAAUAAAAAAUACUUUUGUUAACUUACUAUAAUGUAUCAAAAUCAAUUUUCAUCUAAUUAAAGAUAAAACACUGUGUCCUUUAUCCAGAGAGUUAGUUAUGCUUUGCGUCUUGCUGAAGUGGAAGAAACCUCUGUUAAUCUUAAACAAUUUGUUGCUCUAGUUUAAAUGAGAUUUAAGCACCACUUUCUAAACUGCAGAACAUGCAUAGGAACAAUUACCUUAAAAUGAAAACUAGUAAAAAAGAAGUAACUAGAAGCUUACUGUCUUGCACUUUUGACAUGCGAAUUGAGCUUAUGAAAUUUUGCAGUGUCCACUUGUACACAGAAAUGUUAAGGAGUUAUCACAUUUCUCCUUUUCUGACUGUUGGGGCAAUUAUCACUAAGAUAGAAACAAAUGUAACAUUAGUGACUACACUGCUAUACUCCAUUACAUAUGUAUGUAUGUUUGUUUUGUUUUUUGCAGUCACUCUUGGAAGCCCAUGAUAUUGUGGCAUCAAAGUGUUAUGAAUCUCCUCCCUCUAGCCCAGAAAUCAAUAAUUCUUCAGUGAACAAUCAGAUAGUGCCCGUGGAUGCCAUCCGUAUACUUGGCAUUCACAAAAGAGCAGGGGAGCCGCUGGUAAGUAAAUUGUGAAAGAACAUUCAGUUUUCCCACCUUCCCUACAUACAGAGGGGAGGAAUAUUUAACAUGUCUGUGUAUAUUGACUUUCUUGCUUCUCUUAACCUAUGUUGUAAGAAGAUAAAUGCAUUCUCAACUGAAGCUAUAGCCUAAGGUGGAACAGAAGUAGGGAAGGGAAAACUUCUUAAGUGCAUCUGAGUAGUUCAGAGUUUUCAAGAGCUGUUCAAACCUUUAGCUGUGUUGGGUAAAAUAAUGCCAUUUACCAGAAGCUCCUCAGGGGCCUCGGUAACUGUAAGCUUGAUUUUAUAUAUGUUAACUGGGUAGCAUACAUUCUUGCUACCUACACCGUGGAAUAAACCUUAAUGAAUUGUCUGGAAUCAUUGCUGUCAGUUAGCUGAAAGCCUGACAAAUAGAUUUUUGUUAGUCAGUUCCUUAUUUGAAGUACUUUUUGUUUUUGGAUUUCAGGAACAUAAAAGUUUUAACAACUCCCAUGUGAUAUGCAAUCACAGUAGUAAGAGUCUAGUUUUAAAAUGUGGAUAUAUGUUGUAGAGAUAAACUCUGAUACCCUUCCACUGUUCAUUUAGGGUGUGACAUUUAGGGUGGAAAAUAACGAUCUGGUAAUUGCAAGAAUCCUUCAUGGAGGAAUGAUAGAUCGACAAGGUCUUCUACAUGUGGGUGAUAUUAUUAAAGAGGUUAACGGUCAUGAAGUUGGAAACAAUCCAAAAGAGUUGCAAGAACUUCUGAAAAGUAUUAGUGGAAGUGUCACUCUGAAGAUCCUUCCUAGCUACAGAGAUAAUAUUAUUCCCCAACAGGUGAGUAGUACUAUGUUUCACUUGAAGGCACUUCAUUUGUUUCCUUUCGUUUACUCUAUUGCAAGGGAUAAAUUUGGUUAUAUGUUUUAUUUUUUCUUUAUAUUUGUGUUUGUGUGUGUGUGUAUAUAUAUUCUCAUAACUAUAGUAAUCAGUUGUCUACAGUCAGUGGAUCACCAAUGGCCACUUGAUGGAAUAUAAAAUCCUUAUGUAGAGUGUAUACUAUGCAGGAUUAAUAUGACUCUCGUUAGAUUAUACUAUAACAUAAUUGCACAAGGUUUUCUUUCACUUAGAAUACAAACGUUGCCACAACUCGUCAGUGUAUCAACAGAGCAGGAGAUCACCUCUGAAGCUGCUCUUUACUGUCUACAAAAGGGCUUUACAUUACUUUCCUGAAGGAGUUCUGUUUUUGUGAAUUCCUCUUAAAUGAGAAAAAGUGUAUCAUUUACUUUGAUACCUUUGUGUCCAACAUAUGCUUAAACUAUAUACAGUUUUUAGUUAAAACAAAAAAUGAGCUACAUUUAGUCUUCUUUUAUAAAUUCUUAGGUUAGCAUUUUGUUUUUGUUGCUCAAGAUUACAACUUUCUAUAUUUAAAAAGUUUAUGAAAAAUAUUAAGUCUACACAGUACUAACAUGUUGUGAAGCUACAUUUGGCUGGCUGGGCUCUGAUCCAGUUCUCAAAUAUUCAGAGUAGAAAAGAAAACCUCAUUGCAUAAGAAGUGAGCCCAUCUUUACAGAAGAAGGAUUUGCUGGAUCAAUUUGUUAUGUCAAAAGGGAUAUUUUUCUUUGAAAAGCACAGAACUAUACUGAUUAAAUGUUUGGAAAGUAUUAGUUUUGUCAUCAAAUGUAAGUUGUUGGUAGACAUUCAAAGUGUUUUCAAUUCUUCGGUAAUGUGUAUCUGACUAGUGUUUACAUUUUGGUUUUGAUUUUUCCCUAGUAUUUUCUCUCAAAAAGGCUCUUGGCAGUUUGCAUUUUAUUAAAAAAAUAAAAAUAGAGCAAUAUGCGGCAGAAACUAUAGAACCACCCAUAUAUGCUUUGCUAACCUGCAGAAAAACUGGAAUAAAGCACACCACAUAAAUUUAAACUUUAAAUGCAUUCAAAAAGAAGUCUCUUAAGGCUUACUAUUCCAUUGAUAAUUGAGGUGGUUGUAGUAGGAGGAGCAAGGAAACCAUAUUAGCUGAGCAUGUAAAGAGUACAUUCCCUCAUUCCAUUGGUCAACUGCAGCCUUUCUGCACUUGGAACUAAGGAGCAGGUUUCUUUUCAUGGUAGAUAGCAGGGAUUGCCACACAAGUUUCAGUCGUGCACCCUUCUUAAUUAAAAAUUAAGCAUUGCUCUCACCUCCUAUGAUUAUUGUUAGCUAAUGUUUGGGAAAUAUUUUAAACACUUAAAACAUGGUUUAUGCAGCCACUAAGUUUAAUGGCCUCAUUCAUACAUCACAUAAGUCAAAUGUGCAUGAGUGAAUGUGUGGGCACUCAGAGGGGAAAUUGUAGCUGCUGUGCUGCUCUCCAGUUUCAUUAAUGUGCUUUGCUAAGACAAGUUCAUGGUUUGGCUUAGUGUGUUUGAGCCCAGGCUUGUGCGUCAGCUCUCUCUAGACAAGCCACAAUCUUUAACCACUGUUUACCCUAUGGUGUACAGCUUGUGAUUUGCCUGGAGUGAGCUAAAGCGCAAGUCUGGGUUCAGACAACAAGUUCAGCAAAACAAUGGCUUAGCAAAGCACAACAACAAAACAACCAGGGAAGACCAAGCUGGCUGUGUUCUGCUCUCUGGGAGCCCACACGCUUACUCAUUUGGGCUAAGCCAUGAUUAGCCAUGGUCGGGGUAAGUGUGAUGUGAAAAGCAGACCAAUGUCAGUAAUUUGUGCCCAUUUGUGCGAACUGCUUUUAUACUUGUCUUCUUAAAAACGUGCAUUGUCUGGAGUUAAGUAGUAAGCAUCAUGUGAACUUGCUAAGCCCUUUCAUUAUUCGUUACAGGUAUUUGUUAAGUGUCACUUCGAUUAUAAUCCAUAUAACGACAACCUGAUUCCAUGCAAAGAAGCAGGGCUCAAGUUUUCUAAAGGAGAAAUUCUUCAAAUUGUGAAUCGUGAAGACCCAAACUGGUGGCAGGUUAGAAGACAAUAAGUUUAAUACAAUCUUCUCUAGACUUGUCAUUUCCUCAUCUUUAUUCAUUUAUUUGUUGCAUAUUUUAUUGUUGUGCAAAGUCUUCCUAUUCAAAUGCACAUUGCAGUAUUUUUAAAGACUGAUCAGUCUAUGAUUCAGUGUCAUAAGGGAUUGCUUUCAAACUUCAAUUGUAGACAGCUAUUUUUAACGUACAUCCCCUCGUGGUCAGAAUUAGUUCAUUCCAAAUGGUUGCAAUGAAUUUUUAUAUCAAGAAAAAUAAUGGAAUGAGAGAGACAGGAAUGUUUUAAAUUGGUCCACUGCUGAUUACUAGGGAGCCAGGUUACCUGAGGCUGCUUUAUUCAAUCGGAAUAUAGCAUGAAUGUUUUAUAGAAAACCUAGUGAGGAACAAUGUGUGAGGUGGUAGGUUUCUUAUAUAACUUUAGGCUAGCGAGGUUGGCAGAUUUUGUGUAUUUAUUGAGCAAAAAAGGAUGUGAUCAAACUUUGAUAUUACCUUGGCUCUGUGAUUCAGAGCAUCUCAUUUCACUAGGCUCACUGCUCUAGCAGCUGUGGUUUAUCCUAGCAUUCUGCCCACUGCAUUCUAGUUUUUUUCUAGCUUUCUUUCCAGAGCAUGACUGGGGAUCCUGCUGUGUAAGUGGAGAUCAGCCCAGAUAUUUCAAGAGAAAUGGAGGUGGAAGAAACACUUCCUAUGGAAUUAUUUGCCUUAUUUUCAUAUAGUUUAGUACUAUAAGCAGCUUUGCUCUGUUUCUGUUCCAUUUUUCCUCACUCUCCCACCCCUUGCCAGAAUAUGAAUUUCAUGUGAAUAUUGUGAUUUUAUUCAAGUUGAUUGGAUUAGAUUGGUUUGCAUUUUCUUACAUUAUUUACGGGCUGUUGGCAACAUAUGCAAUUUUUUGAAUUUGAACUGGAUUUAAGUUUAUACACCAGUAUUAGGAAUAAGUAAAAGGAGAAAGAACGACACCUGCUAUCUUCAACACUUAUGGUUGGGUUACAAAAGUCAAGCUUGUGUAUCUUUCUAAGAACACAAUCUACUGAAAUUAGAGGUAAUAGUUGUGGUUUGUGUUGCUUUCUGUUCCAAAUAAAUUGGUAGAAAGCUUUAUUAAAUAUGAUUUUGUCAAUCGUAUAGAAGAACUACGUAUAUAGAAGAAUCAGCAUGGGUUCUGCAAAGGGAGUCAUCCACUUAUCUUUUAUAGUUCUUAGUGUCAAGCAUGUGGAUAGGGGUGAUCACGUAGACAGUGCUGUACAUGGAUUUCCAAAAGGCCUUUGAUUUAGUCUUCAUCAGUGUCUCCUGAGUAAACUUUAGCACUCAUGGAAUAAGAGAUUCAUAACUGGUUAAACACAGAAAGCGAAGAGUAGAAAUAAAUUGAAUGUUUACCAUAGAGAGAGAAUAAGAAGGAUUCUCGAGGGAUCAUUGUUGGAACUGAUGCUUCUUAAGUUGCUGGUAAGUGAUCUCAAGUUAGGGGUGGGCAGUGAAGUGAGAAAUGACACAAAAUUACUUAGCAUUAUAUUUAAAAAAGCAGAAUGAAGAGCUUUAAAUGGAACUCUCCACACUAGAUGAAUGGGAAACACAUGCCAUUGGAAGUUACAGCAUUCCAAAGAACAUUGGGAGUUUCUGGUUGGCAUAUUUAGUGCUUCUGUCAAUACCUUGGUCACUUUGUGGAGUUAUUAGGCAGUUGGCACAAUUGUUCCUAAGCACCAUUUUUUUUUCUACUAAGAAUUACUUCAGUUCCUUAGUAUUCAGGGGAGCUGACGACAGUGAAGCAAUUAUGAAGACUUGUGGAGGGGGUGGAAGACUUCCAGUGAAUCUGAUCACUGGUUGGAGCUCUUUAUAGAUUAUACCCCAUGGCUGGAAUGUCAGUAAAGAAGCAGUUCUUUUUCAACAAUGUUUUAUCUUCAAGGUGUUUUCCAAUGGAACUUCUCUGUGUGGUUCAAGGUUUGCAGUUUGGCCCAUAUGGUGAUGAUAAGGAAUCCAGUGGGACUUGUAUGCAAAGCACUCCAAGGAUAAAGGCACUUGUGUCUGCUGUCUAUCAGAUGCAACAAUUUUAAUGAUGUCAGUCUAUGAAGUGAUUAGAACAUUACUUGGUCCUGUGGUCUUGAUUCAGUUGGAUUCAGUUUUUGAGGUUGAGGAAUGUGGACUAGCUGCUUGGACAAGUACAGCCCACUUUUUGUCUUUUCAACCCUUGCCCAUCUUGAUUCAUUACAAACAGCAAGGGAGUCAUCAGCUGUGUCCAGGAAGGUGUUAAACAUCUGCUUGAUAGUCAAAGUGGCCUACUUUUAAAAGCGACAGUGGCGUGACUACUUCUGAAUAAGCCUACUCUGGGCCCAGAGGUUCUUAAUUAUUGCUUGGUUGCUGAUAUUCCUGUUCCGGGCUGAAUAUUCAAGCACAAAGUUGCUUUAGAACUCCAGGCACAUGGAUCAGGCACAGUUUCUAGAUUUUCUUCAGUCAGGGUUCAGGUCUGGCUUUUGAAGCAUGGGCAGGCUAUUGAGACUGCUUUGUCCUUCCUAGGCUGGGAGAAAAACAGAAGGAGAGCAAACCAUUCUAGACCUCUCAGUGGCUUUUGAUAACUGUUGACCAUGGUUUCUUUCUGUAUAGGCUUUAUGAUGUAGGCAUAAAGAGGGUUUUGCAGUGAACCCUCUUACAGAAGCCUGCAGUUCACGAAGGGGCUCUAGAAGGGGGCUCUGGCCGUUACUGUCUGACUCCUUGUGGCUAAUGCUAUCAGAUCCUGCAGGCUUCUGUGUUGUCUCUCCUGCGAUGCACACGAGGCAGAAAAUCAUACCUUCACAUCGGGGUCUGAACUAGUGGUGGCUAAUUGGGAAAGACAUCUUUGUUAUGGUGGAUAGCUCCUAAAGAAGCUGUGAUGUGCAGCAGCUGUGAAAAAAGUGAAUUCCAUGUUACGAAUGAUUAGGAAAGAGGUCCAAAAUAAAACCUCCAGCAUUGUAGUGCCUUUAUACAAAUCUAUGGUGUGCUCUGUUGGUCCAUCUGUACUUGGAAUAUUUUGUGUAGUUCUGGAUGCUGCAUCUCAGAAAAGGAUACCCCACAGCUGGAGAAGGUGUAGAAAAAGCCAGUCAAAAUGAACAGGGAUUGGAUGUAACUUUCAAGAAAAAAGCUACAUCUGGGGCUUUUUAGUUUAGAAAAGGGGUGAGUAAGGGGAGGGGUGAGAUGAACAAAGGAACAUUAUGUCUAAGGUGGAAAAAAUGGUCAAAGGAUUCUCUCUCUCUCCCAUGAUACUUGUACUCUGAAGUAAUUUAAUGAAGCUGAUUCAAAAGAGAUAAAGGAGAUACAAAAAAAGAAAAAAGGAAGGGCUCCAUAUAGUGCUCAGUUAAAUUGUGAAAUUUGCUGCCACAAGUUCUGGAGGUGACCUCUAGAUAGAUGGCCUAUAGCUUCUUAGAGAAUAGACAAAUUCAUGGAGGAUAAGUCUAGUAUGGAGUACUAGUCAUGAUGCAUUUUACAGGAUCAGAGACAAUAUGCCACAGCAGCUGAUUUUGACAGCAGAAGAAGGCUAUGGCUUUCAUUUCUUGCUUGUGGGCUUUCAAAUGCAUCUCCUGGGCCACAGCAAAAAGCAGGAAUACUGUAAUAGAUGGAUCUUUGAUCUGAUUCUGCAAAGAUCUUCCUUGUGUUGGGAUGACAUUUUAGUUUGCAAAAUAACAACAAAUGAAGUUCUUGGGAGAUUUCUGAAGAAAUUGGAAGAUUCAUGUAGACCUCAGUCUAAAUCUGGCUAUAAAAUGUUUGAAAUUGUUUAUGAACCACUUGAGUCAACAUUUCAUACUAGAAAUAAGACUAUGAAAUGAAUGCUUAAACAUUUAACUGGUAAUAAACCAGCAAAACUACACUCUGGGGAUGUUCAAUGAAGAGUAAGUUGUAGUUGGGUUUUUUUUGGUGGAGUGCAGGGGAGAAAAUUCAAAUCACUGUUUCAGAAGACCCAUCUAUUCUGACACCCACAUUGAACUAAAUGUUCCAGUUAUUACCUAGUAGCAGUAUGUGGUAUUGCUUUAAAUCCAAACAUGUUGCUGUAGCUAAACUGCAGCAUAUUAAAUAAGAUCUUUGUUACAUUAGAAGUAGUAGUUGUUGUCGUUUUACUAUGGAUUGGUGCCAAAACAUGUUUAAUUUGAUUCCAGGCUAGCCAUGUCAAAGAAGGAGGAAGUGCAGGACUUAUUCCUAGCCAGUUCUUGGAAGAAAAGAGGAAAGCAUUUGUUCGACGGGAUUGGGACAAUUCAGGUAAGGAGCACAGCAGUGUAGCACUUUGCAUCGCUUCUGAAUCUGCAAGUUCAAGAAGCUAUGAACAAUGGAAGUGCAUCAGUGAUUUUGGCAAUUACAAAUUAUUUGACCUGAGAUAAAAUAAAAAGCAAGAAUUAAAAUAUUCACUCCCUUGCAAAUUUGAGGCCUUUCUGCCACCUGCUGGUACACAGGCAAUAUUAAGUAGAAAGCAAACUGACUUUAUAAACACAGGUAUUUGUUUGCUACAGCUGCAUAAACCCAAUUUACGCAAGGGUAGUAUAGUUUUUGCUUGUAAAAGAUCAUUCCAAUCUUUCCUAGCAUUGAUGAAGGUUUAUCCUGAGUUGCCAUGGAGUAUAUUUUUACUUUUCCCCAUUUAUUUUCAGGUCCUUUUUGUGGAACAAUAAGUAGUAAAAAGAAGAAAAAGAUGAUGUAUCUCACAACUAGAAAUGCAGGUAUAUGAACUUUUAGCAUUAAAUACUGCAUCACAACAGAACAAACCCAGCAAGAACAUUUUGAAUUGUGCUUGAUUUAUAUUUUGUUUCUUAAUUUAUAAUUUUCAACAUAAGGAGAAUAUUAAUUUGAAAAAAGCGCUUUUAUCUUCAUUUCCUCCUGUUACGAUACUUAUAUAUUGAGCACCUGUUCUUAUCUAUACUAGUCCAGAAAAUGGCUCCUGGUGAAAUUUAGCUUUUCUCUAUUUCCAUUUGUAUAUUCUUGCAAUCUAACAUAAUGUUUUCCAAAUCAUAUUUGGAAUAUUUUAUAUUAUUCUUGAAAUUUGCAAUAUUUAUAUGCUGCUUUUUAUGAUAGCUGUCUUCCCAAUGGCUUCUAUGUAGUAUUAAAAUACAGGACAUAACAAAGUAAAUGCAGAACCCAUAGUAAAAAUAAUAAACUCCAAAGUGGUUUCCCCAUAUUGUUUUGUGGUGUUGUGUGAAAGCAUCUCCAUGUAUAUGCAAUAAAUGUAGGGAAUGGGAGUUUACCCACUGGCUCUGCUCUGUGUCUGCAUUCAGCACUAGUGAGCAAGGAGUCCUCCAUUCUGUUGGGAACCAUGGGGUCAUUAUUAUUCCCAAUUUGUGUGAAGGAGUGAAUCCCUUUCACAAUGCAUGGGUGUUAUGAUUCAGUAUGUGUAUGUACUGAACAUCCGUAUACCGCCAAAAGCCCAGCAAGGAUGUUAGCAUCCUUGGGAAAGUUCUGGAGGAAAUUGUCUGUAUCCUAAGGUAUAGCAAGAGCGCUGAACAGUGUUGAAACUGUAUAAUGUUCCACUGUCUUGUUUUUAUUAUGUUAAAUGUGUCCAGAAUUUGACCGCCAUGAAAUUCAGAUAUAUGAGGAAGUAGCCAAAAUGCCUCCAUUUCAAAGAAAGACAUUGGUGUUAAUAGGAGCCCAGGGAGUGGGCCGAAGAAGUCUGAAAAACAGGUUUAUUGUACUAAAUCCCACAAAGUUUGGAACCACAGUGCCAUGUAAGUUGUAUGUACUGUCACUCUUGAUUCUGACCUUUCCCUUCUUUCUCUCUGAUGAUGUUAGAUUCAGGCUGGUAUUAUAUAUUGUGAUGCAAGAAGAAAGCUAGAGUAACUGCAGAUUAAAACACUAGAAAUAAACUUGGCUCAUAUUUUGUAAGUAAACAUUUUUACAGUGCUUUUGGGGUGGUGGUGUAGCUUUGACUAGCAGUAAUUGAGUGCCAGCAAACUGCAUACCAAAACACACUCACUUGGGGAGAAGAAGCUGCAUGGAGCUUGGAUUUAUUUCUGAUUCAACAUUGGGCUGUAUGUUAUGUAAGAAUGUCUGCAGUUCCAGUUUAAAAAUACCUUGACAAUUUUGUUUAUAAUUUUAAGAGUGACAUUUGAUGUUUCUGUUCAGGAACUUCUCAGGUUUUUGGUGCCAACAUUUGAGAAUACAAAUUGGUAAAAAUUGGGACCCCACCCUUGGAAGAAAUGCCAUUCCGCUCAUGUAGGACACGUUUUGGAUCUGAGCCCUGUAAGAUCCAAUUGCAUGAAUAGACAAGUGGCGAUGUCAGUCUAACUUUUGAUGUGUUGUGCAUUUGUCAAACUUAUCUAGUUACAUCACGAAAGCCAAGGGAUGAUGAAAAAGAUGGUCAAGCCUACAGGUUUGUGUCCCGAGUUGAAAUGGAGGCAGAUGUUAAAGCUGGAAGAUACUUGGAACAUGGAGAAUAUGAAGGAAACCUUUAUGGCACCAAAAUAGAUUCUAUCCUUGAAGUGGUUCAGACUGGAAGGACGUGCAUCUUGGAUGUAAAUCCACAGGUAUGCUGGAGUAAUACUAUAUUCAAAUAGAAGCAUCAAAAGGAAAGAUUGUUUAGCUGACCAUAUGAAGGCAAUUUUAACCUUAAGAGAGCCUCUGCAUUACAGAUGGUGACUAUAAUCCCAUUAACUAAGCAGUGAAGAGAACAUUUGAUUUGCAGGUGCCAAAGCAUAGCAGAACCCUUCUCAUUAAAAGUGCAGCUAAAGAUACUUUACUGCAGGGCUGCAGCCUUUGGUAAUCAUUAGAGAAGCAAGUAACACUCAGUUACAACGUUACAUAAUUUCUUCUCACUAUUUGCUAAUUUAUUUGAAUCGUGCAAGGCUGAAUUUUAAUAUUUUAAAUGGGGGAGGUGGAGAUUAUAUAUUUUGCACACUGCCAUCCUCUUAAAGUUUCCUGCUUUUAGUGUAUGAAGUUUUGCAAUAAUGCUCCUUUCUAAUUAAUCUCAGAAUGUUGUGUGAUCUAGCUGAUGCUCUCUUUCUCUAGGCACUUAAAAUAUUGCGGACUUCAGAGUUUAUGCCCUACGUAGUGUUCAUUGCUGCUCCAGAACUUGAGACAUUGCGUGCCAUGCACAAAGCCGUGGUAGAUGCGGGGAUUACAACCAAACUUCUUACAGUAAGGCAAAUCUAACUUUUAAAAAUGUAUAUAUGAACAAACUUGACCCAUUGCAUCAACACUAGCAUUUCUAUGCCUUGUGUACUUGGUGGCCACCUUCAAUCCCUAAGUUUCUUACCUUUCUUGGGUUUUUACACCAUGAACGCUUCCAUACAUUGCUGCAGGUGGUACUUUUCCUUCCCCUUGAUAACUGCUGCCUUACAGAAGGUCUAGGUAGGCAGAUGGCUUUCCUAAGUGAUGUUCAUAAUGGGGUUUGUUUUUUUUAACCUCCCAAUACACGAGGAUUGGAGUGUGUGGAUAUGAUUAACGCAGCAAGUAAAGUUAAUGCGGCAUUUCCAAGAAAUUUGGCUGUUUGAUUGAAAGAUGGCCAUACACCUUGUUUCUGUGAAAGGGUGUGAUCUUAAAGAUGCAUUAUAAUUACCGUAUUUUUUGCACCAUAACGCUCACUUUUUUCCUCCUAGAAAGUAAGGGGAAAUGUCUGUGCGUGUUAUGGAGGGAAUGCCUACGGGUGGCAUGCCUACGGAUUUUCCUCCUCUAAAAACUACGUGCGUGUUAUGGUCGGGUGCGUGUUAUAGAGCGAAAAAUACGGUAUCUACUUAUCAUAGCAUGGCACCUGGUUUUUUUCCUGCCAUCCCUCAGUAAAAUCACUUGGGGUAGAAUGCAUUAAAACAAUGAACACAGAAAGUAUAUGAAAGGUCCAUAAUGAAACAUCAGGAGGAACAAUGAAUGCAACCCAUAAAUUCACCAGUGUGAGUAAAAUCAUAAUCAGGAUGACUUGCUUUACAUGUUAAAAACAGCUAGGCAAAUUAAAAGGCAUUUCCCUGGUGAUGAAAUUACAUAAAAAGAACUUAAAGAGUAAAGUCUCCCUGGGAAGCGUAUUUCUCAGGUGAGGUAUCUCCCAAGUCACCACUCAUAUAUAACUUCAGAUAGAGGAGGGCCUUAGAUGAUUAUCCCAGAAUUUGAGCAGAUUUGUGUGGUAGAAUGCUGUCCUUCAGGUACUUGGGUCUCAGGCUUUUUAGAGCUUUAUAUAUAAUCACUAGCUCUUUGAAAUGUCUUUGGCAACAAACUGGCAUAAUUUUUAGGGUUAGGGUUAGUGGUGAGAUAUGUUGGUACGGAUGCAGCUGCUUCACUGUAUUACUAAAGUUUUCUAGGGCUUUUUCAAAUUCACGUACAUUGUAUUGCUGUAAUCUGAUCUGGAGACAAUAGUGCUACUUGGAAAAAAAUACUUUCAGAGUUGGCUGAUGCAGAGCUAUAGUCAAUUUACUAACAUGCAAAUAUUAUUCUAGAGUGUUUAUAUGUAAUUAUGGGCAUCGAGGAUUUUAGACCUUAUAUAACAAAUAGAGUAUUUUCAUGCAUUGAAUAAAACUUGUACUCUUUAAGAUAUCAUUGCAUUUCUAAGCCUGUCUCUACCACGUUUUGCUAGGAAGCAGUUCCCACUGAGAUCCUCAAGAAUGUCUUCUGAAUAAAUUAUGUUUAAAAUCUGGCUGCCAGUUUUAAAACCUUAACUGAAGUAAAACAAAAGCAGAAUAUAUAGUUUCCUUUGCUUUUCAGAUCAUGUUUUUAUUUGUUUCAAUCUUCAAACAGGACACUGAUUUGAAGAAAACGGUUGAUGAGAGUGCACGGAUUCAGAGAGCUUACAGCCACUAUUUUGAUCUGAUCAUUGUGAAUGACAAUCUAGACAAAGCCUUUGAAAAGUUGCAAACCGCUACAGAGAAGCUGAGGACGGAACCACAGUGGGUUCCAAUUAGCUGGGUAUACUGACAGUUCUUUUUGAAGACUGGUGUAAGCACCAAACUAGGCUUUCUGCACAUCAUAAACAUUAUAUCGAUAACACAUUGUACAGAGGUGCCAGUCACUAACAGCACCUGAUGCAUUUGUAUUCUGUGUAUAUUUAGAUAAUGGUAUGCUAUUCCAAGUUUUUAUACAAUAUAUUGAAGGGAAAGUGUACUUAAUAUGUAAUUUAUUUUAAUUUUUCUAACUUUUUACAAAUCUUUCUAUUCAUACCACAUGAAGGAAAUGCGUUGAAGCAUUUUUAUAAAUGUUUUGAUUUACUACUUUGCCUUUUACUCAUCUAAGGAACAUUCACUUCUACAUCUGGUCUUACAUUUUCACUGUGAUAAGGAGAAAAAUACUUGAAAAAAAUGUUGUUGUUUUUUGUAAAACUCGGUUUAAAUCAAGUGUUUUAUCUGGUUGGUUUUUUCUUAUUUAGAAGAAGACACUAAUCCUUAUCCUAAUAAACAUGUAUCUCUCCUUGACGUGAUCAGAAUUUUCAAUACUUAAGCAACCAGCACUGAGCCAUGUUACUGACACCUUUUUGCUUAAUGUUUAUAGACAUGUUUUGCAGUUGUCUUGUCUUAGGCAGAUGUACUGUAGACUUCCCUGUAUAUCUUUUUACUGAAAGUAAAAGCAAUACCUUGAACUUUCCCUAGGAGGCUGCUCUGGUGAGCCAACAUUUCUACCCAUUAGAAACAAGUAUUACUGUCUGAGUUAUGUAAUGUGAUUCAUUGUGUUUGGGAUCAUGGUGAAAUAGCCUAAGAGAGCCUUACAACACAGAACCUUGCAGUGAGGCUCAGCAUGUAGGAUGUUUGUUCUCACUUGUGAAAAACCAUUGCUUUAAAAUAACAGAACCUGCUCCUUUACAAUGACUUUGCUCUGUAUUUCUAUAUUGUUCUGUGACGCGCUUUUAUUUUACGCCAGAAUAUUAUGAGUGAUUAUGUGUGUUAUGAAAUAUGACGUGAUGGGACUUCUGAGCUACAUGUUACCUUGUGUUAUUCACCAAAUAGCUUGUGAACCUAAAAUUAUUGUCAGUUCCUAAAAAUCAAUGUUAUUUAUAAGUGGGUUUAUUUAUGUUUUACAAUCAUGUUUCUUUUUCUUCCAGUGUUCAUAGUAACUUUUCUCUUUCGGCAAAAUUAAUUCAUCUACUAACUUAGGUUCAUAUUCACUUAAAUACUUUUGCUGAUGUAUAUUCUGUUUAAUGAAUAUAAAUGCAGAUUGUCACUUAGACAGACUAGUCUGGUGACCAUAGUUUACAUUAUGCUUGCUGUUGUAAAUACGCCCAUUCAUUACUAACAUGCUAGGUGCCUGAAUUGGUUGUCAUCUGCCAUUUCAUUUAUUUUUUCCAUGUGAAGGCAGGCACUUGGCUUCAGAUUUUAUUUUCAACACCAAAGUUCCAUACAUAGGAUGCCAACAAAGGAGAAGCUUGGAAAAGGCUGAGACAGUGCAAACAAGUUCUUAAAAUGUUUUAUAAUUUUUUUUGAUUGUGCACAAGAAAACAGGGUUUGGAUAGUUUUUACCUUAUACAGAGACACGAUGAGACACCAAAAAGGUAUUAUAUAUUUAAAACCUUUAAGGUAUUUUUUUAAAUACUUCAGUAUAUUUUGUAAAUGUUAUGCAGAUUAUUGCAUACCUUUGUCUUAAUUGCUGUUGCUACUUAAGAUUUUAGCUUUUAACAAUAUAACAUAUUUUUUAAGAACUUCUAUUAUGUUAAAUCUCUAGGCUAUGUAUUUGAAAAAUGUAUUCAGCUGAGACUGUGGAAAGAUUAUAUUCCUGUGUGGUACCCAGAAUGACACUUUAAAAGUGUAUGUCCGCAGUUUUGAUGCUGUUGUAGGUUUAAAGGAUGAGGCACAAUGUGAUGAUUACUUUUGGUGGACAAAGCUGUGUUUAAAUGGAACCUUGCAAGAGGUCAGUGAAUCCUAACCUCAGAUGUUAACUCCCGCUCCUUUGUUUUCCAGUGCUUCAGUAGAUUUGGUGCAUCAUCUUUGGACCAGCUUGAGCAAAGGUAGCCCGGGCUUUGGGGCUCUUCUUGCUCAGAUUCCAAACGUGAACUAUUUUUGAGAGAGAGAAUCCUAAGACUGAAUAGCCACAUAAUCUGCUCCCUAUCCUCUUAGUGUUCUGUUCUGCUUUUAGCACAGUGGAUGGGUAUGGCUCACUUGGGUUGGAAAGCAGGAAGAGCUACUAGCAAAUAGGUCAGAGUUUCAUGAAAAAUUAACAGGAAUUAGAUGUUGGUUAUAAGUCCCACAAGCUCUGAAAAGGGAUAGUGCUGCCCAGGGGCAGUAGACGAAAAGAAAAGUGAUAGGAAACACUAAUGUUUGUCUUAACUGCUGCCUCUAAAGUCAGGCACAUUGAGAGAGAGCUAGCGAGCUCUCUGGACAUGCAGUUUUUAUACUGCUACUGUGAAGAUUUUGGAAGAAUUGGUUAAACUGUGUCAUUAGGAGCAGCAAUAGCCAAGCCAUGGGUUGAUCCUUUUGAGUCCAACCGUGGUCUGGUGUGUGUUUAAAACAUGUGUCAUUGCCAUUCUCCAGCAGGAAACAGAUCUAGGAACAACUGUGUUUAACAUGAAAUCAUGCCUUUUUACAAGAUGGCAGAAUAAACUGACUUUUUGAACUGUGAUGCCAAAGGAGGGUUGAGCUAGCUCCUCCCUAAUUAAUAAUCAAAAAGUGAUUUUACUUUCCACACCACAGUGCCACUAAAUCAACUUUUGCUGUACUUGUACUUUAAAAUGCUGAGCUUGCAUUUUCAAAUAUUGAGCCCGUGUAUUGUUAUACGUUUGGAGGGGAGAGGCAGAUAAUAGCAGCCAAAAUUCCGGUCCUUCUGCUGAGGACAGUGCCAUGGCGAUGUGCUCAGUAUUGUACUGUUGUUGUAUCAAGACUUUUUAAAGAGAAGGGCCACAGCUCAUUGGCUGACAAUCUGCUUUGCAUGCAAAUGUACCAGGUUCAGUCUCUGGCACCUCCAGGUAGUCCUGGAAAGACUUUUGUCUGAACUCUCAGAGAACUGUUGCCAGUGUAGCUACAGUCCAAGGCAGAUGACCAUUUGCCUCUGCAGUUUCCAGUGCAUAAUGACCCCAAACGAUACUGGAAAGAGCACUUGCUACAUUAUGUGCUUUUAGGGGCUCAAGUUAGGUUUUUAAAAAAUUGCUUCCCUCCCUUCUAAAGUGAGAAGAAUGUGGGCAACUUCACAUGUAUUUUCCAUUACCUGAGAGUAAGCACCAAUGAACUCAACUCAUAUAUAUAUACAUACAUACAUGGUUGUGCUCUACAUUCCAAUUACCCAACGAAGCCACUUGUCACUUCUGCCAAAACACAAUUGCUUGCCGCUUUUUGUUUCAUUUACUGAACUGCACAUGAUCAGCUGUGUGCCACCUAUAGGUAAAGGGACCCCUGACCAUUAGGUCCAGUCAUGGUCGACUCUGGGGUUGCGGUGCUCAUCUCGCUUUAUUGGCCGAGGGAGCUGGCGUACAGCUUCCAGGUCAUGUGGCCAGCAUGACUAAGCCGCUUUCUGGCAAACCAGAGCAGCGCACGGAAAUGCCGUUUACCUUCCUGCCGGAGCGGUACCUAUUUAUCUACUUGCACUUUGAUGUGCUUUCGAACUGCUAGGUUGGCAGGAGCAGGGACCGAGCAAUUGGAGCUCACCCUGUCGUGGGGAUUCGAACCGCCAACCUGAUCGGCAAGCCCUAGGCUCUGUGGUUUAACCCACAGCACCAACCCACAGCGCCACAAUAAAAAUAGCAUUGGUUUAUCUGACUGCCUUUAUUGGACAUAGUCUAAAGUCACACAGAUCAGCAGGAAUUAGAAAGAUGGGUGGAAAUGUCCUACAGUAGUAAGUAAGUUUGGUAGAAAACAAAUGGAACACCUUUAAAAAUGCAUUGGUCAUUUUACUACCCACCUUCAAAGAAAUAUGUGCUCAGUGUCUCUUGAGAUAGCUUUUUAUUGAGGGAUAAAAAUCUGGCAAUCUUCUAAAAGUGAACUGUAGAUCUUAAGCCAACUUAUAUGUUGUAUUUUUUUAAAAGAAAAUGUUUUAUUUUGACUUCCUUGGGUACUAUGCAGUUCAUUGAGCGAUACAGAGUUUAAUACUUGUACAUAAGCUUAGAAUGAGAAUAUUGGAAUUCUGCUUGCAGUUUUUUCACUUGAAAAAUUCACACCAAACUGUUGAGGAUUGCAGACAAGAUGAAUGAGGCUGAUUCAGAUCUACUCAAAGUUAAGUUUAGCUUAUAUAUGGCUUAUUUGUAUGUAUCUGGUUACUUGAUCUUUUGGACAACAGAGCUGCUAUAGUGUUAAAAUAUUCUCAUCAAGUAAUUUGUAAAUAUAUUGCCUGGGCCGUUUCCAUAUUAUACUGUAACAAAAGGAGUAGAAGGUAUCUAGUGACGGACUAUAAGUCUGCAGUGUAAAACUACAAGGGUGGAAGUAGAGCCAGGGCAGGGCAGAAGGCAUGGGAAAUUGAGACUGGGGUUUUUUGGUGAGCAAGUGUUUCCCUUUCUGCUUCACAUCAUGCAGUGAUGCCUUAGAGAUAUAUGUAUCUCUUUGUCAUCCAUGCAGAACCUGGAAACUUACUGGGUGUGUAUGCCAAAAACACAAAUCCCUUUGCUUAAGUGUGAGGCCCUGUUUGUCUUGUGCUAACAACUUUGCUACAGUUGUAAUGAACUCUCUUUUUAGAAAAAUCUAUGAAUAAACUGAAGCCAUUUAACCUUGGAGAAAACUACAGGAAGGUUGCUAAAUCUUGCUUUAGGGGUCACAGAUUUCCAAGCAUGAGUUUUUCCUGGGAACUUUUUUUUUAGAAAAGAAAACCCAGCAACUUAAGGCUUCAUAAAAUAAAAAAAAUCAAGUCUGAGUGAAAUGUAUGGGCUAGAAAUCUCAAAAGGAAGAUGCGGUGGUAUAUCCAGGGUUUCAGUGCUUUGUUUUUAUACUGUCUACAGAUGCAGAAGAAACUAUAUGUCGGCUUGGGUACUGUAUUUUAUAUAGGCUGUAGAAUCUUUAGGAGGCUAGUGGCAGCUGCUUUCAAGAACUCCAGUGGAGUCUUGUGAGCAAGGGAGAAAGAUGAUCUUGUUCCGUUCUUCAAAUGGCACAGAUGUGCACAGAGUUGGGUAUCAACUAGGAAGUCCAUAUUGGUUUUCACCCUGGGAAUGAUACUAGACACAAACAAAAAAGGCAGGCAAAAUUCAUUGAUGUAAUGAAAUAGUAUGAAACUUGCUGAUUUGAGAUCUUGAGUAUUUUUUUAUAACCUCAGAGCAAGGUACAGCAUUCCAUAAGCCGUAAGGAAGUUGUGUGGUCUAGCUGGGAGACGGUAAUCACAGUUUUGGUAUCACUGAUCCAAAUUUUAAAUAUUUUCCCAAAUUUAAAUCAGAAGUUUUUGUCUUGGCUGUAAACUACUUUGGCUUACAUUUUAAAUUACAGUUCAGUGUUAUGACUAUAGCUGCUAAAGAGGAACUUUGUCAUUAUAAAAACUAAGUAAAUAACAGCUAUGAAGAGGAUAAAACAGUUGGCCACAAUCUAGUUAUACCGGUAAGUGCUUUUUUUGUAUUUAAAAGAUCUAUAAAAAAGUAUUGAAGGGCUUUGCCUCCUAUGGGUUUAUUUUGAAGAAUGCUAUAGUGCAGCUUCUAUAGUAGACAAACAGUUUAUUGCAGCUAGGAGAGUAAUCUCCCCUUAAUUUUCCCUACUGAAUAGGCAUAGGUUGGAUCUGUUGUUUUGGCAGCACUGUGGCAGAGAACUUUGAUCAGUCUUCCAUGAAUUAAUUUUAACCUGCUUGUUUCAGUUUAAAGACAAGAGAAAUGUGUCAUUGAGGCUGUCCUAAAAUAGCCAUUCUUACAUGCUACUAGAAAAUUGGUAAGCUUUAUCAAAUGGGCAGUGCACUGAUCAGGAAAAACAAACCUUUGUACAGGCAUCAGUAUUCAAACUAACGUAGCAUAUCAACUGCCACUAACAUGCAUUUUUUAUAUUCAAGUCCUACACAACUGUACAUUAUUGUUAUUAUUAUUUGUAUUUUAUAAGGAUAGAUUCCAAAACUUUGAAUUAUGUCAAGGUUAUACAAUUCAUAAUUUAGAUUGCUGGUACUUUUUAGGUUUUUAUGAAGCAUCUAUCACUUAUUAUUUGGUUUCUGUAUGUGCACUGAAGUUGAUAUGUAUUAUUUGUGCAAUCUGAUUAAACCGUGGACUUUAGUCCUCUCCAGGCCUUAUUGCCCUAAGAGACAGCAUUGGUAGCAGAAGGCUGUGUGUAGUUUAAGUAAACUUCUGUGGUGAGGAGACUUGUACCUACCUGGAGGCUUCCUAUACAACUGGGAACCAGGAAAGUCAAUGUUUGCAGUAUCAUGGGGAGCUUCAAUGGAACGAACAAGGCUCCUCACUGCAGAAGUUUAUUUCAACUGUGCAAAGGGCUGGAAGGAUUUGCAUAGCCUCGAGAGACAGAGCUAAGUGCACAGCCUUGCGGCUCCAUUCUGUUCAUAUUGUCUCACUGGGCAGUCACACCCGAAGAGGACUUUCGUUGAUAAGAAUUGUAAGAUGUCCCUUGAUAGCCUAAUCCCAGAAAAAUAUUGUCUGGUACAUUGAUCAAUUUAGAUUAUUCUGAUGGACCAUGGGGAAAUUGAUUAACUGCUAAAGUAGUUCCAUAGAACAAGGCUAAGUGCUACUCAGCUAAAACUACAGUAACUUUUUUUUUAAACCCUCAAUGUUUUCACGCUAAAGGCAUAUGUUGUUCUGUAUAAUUGUUGAAAUGUACAAAGCUGUGAAAUCCUGUUAACUCCUAAUAAAGUAUUUUUGUAUAUAUGAAAUAAAUUUAAUAUUGGAAAAA